AUGCACUCUCCCAACUCCCCAAGUAAUCAACUCCACCUGAACAAUAGUCUCUUGAAAUUCACUGACAUUCGAAUAGAUUUCUCUCGCCCUCUUCCUACUCCUCCCUCUCCUUCUCGAGCUCCUCCUCCAUUAUCCUACCUAGCCGGACACAAUCUUCCAGUCUCAGUCCCCGAAGUGAGCGAGGAAGCCAUACUCCGCGCUUCAUUAGACGGAAACCUCGACGAUAUUCACUACCCGGCACAUAUAAUCCCCGACCCGCGCUCCUCUACCGAAAACCCACAAAUCCCUCAUCAUAUAAUCUCCUCACCUUCCACAAAAUUCCUAUCCCACCAACCCCGCAUCACCAUGUCUUCCCCCCACCUCUCUCGCUCAGCCACCUCUCCCGAUCUAUCAGCUCCUUCAACCAUCUCUCCCAUUACCGAGGAGCAAGAAUACACACCCAAUCGCAAUGGCGCAAUCAGUCGCACAGAUCGCUAUUCUCGAGACCUUCCCGCAAUUCCUCCUCAUCCAUCAACUCCUCCACCAGCACUACCCAUCUCCACCACUCCAUCCUCUUCCUCAUCCAAUAUAUUCAAUUCCGCCCGCCCCAGCAAUCUCCGGCACGUAACAUUCGCGCACGAAACCUCCAGCCUCUCACUCAGCUCCUCAAUCCCGUCUCAAACCUCCUCCAACCCCUCAUCCUCCCUCCCUAUUGAAGCUCCUCGAAAACACCGCUUCAACCUCACUCUCGCCCACCAAAAAAUGCACAAAGCAUUUUCCACCCUGCGCACACACACUCAUAGCAUCUCCCCGAAACCCAGUCUACUGCUGCGAAAAAAAUCUUCGCACUCUGCUCUCUCCAUUUCCAGUUCUGGAUCUUCUCCACUUUCCCCUUCGGACGCAUCGGCAGAUGAACCCACGAGACCGAAAACCGCACCUUCAUCAUCUUCGUCUUUUUCAGGAUUUGCAAAUUUCCCUGCCAUGGCGGGUGCAUUCUCGAAAGAUGCAAAGGAGAAGCGAGAUGCGAAAGCAGGAAAAGAAAUGCAGAUUGGUGCGCCAACGGGCAUGGUGAAGAAGACACCGGAGGAAAUUCAGCAGAUGUUGAGGGAGAUGGGGGUGAAGAGCGAGGAUAUGCCUUUGAUUUCUGGUUCUGCGGCUUCAACUUCUACUCCUUCUCAUUCUCGCUUGGAGGGUCAUGGUGCUGUUGAUGGUGACGAUACCGAUAACACUCCAUCCAAAUCCCAAUCCGGCAUCUCAAAAAUCCUCACCUCCUACUCCCGAGAAGAAAAACCAUCUCCCGUCUUGAGUGCUGUACAAAAGGGAAAACUCCCGGCUCUCCCUCCCGUCCCUCAAUACUUCACUCGGCCUCUUCGCUCCUCCUCCCUCUCCUCUCCCCACUCUGGUCUUUCGGUUCCCUUUCCCGUUCAAGACCUCACUACCAAACCCCGCGGUUGGUAUAGCACUGCUCCUCUCGACUCCAUCCGCGCUACGCUUCCCAAACUACGAAAGGAAGAUUUACUUAAAAAGGAAGAGAUCGAUGGGUUCUUAGAGGAGUUGGUUCGAGACUUCGAGGUCAUAAAGAAAGUGAGACAGUGGAGGAGUGAGGAGUUGGAUAGGGAGAUUGAGGGGUGUGUGGAGAAAGACGAAGAUGAAGAUGAAGAGAAUGAGGAUAAUGAUGAGGAUAUCGAGGGAGAUGGGGAUGAGGAUGAGGAACCAUACAUCUGGGGUCGCUACGGCGAACCUUCCCCCGAUUUUGUAGACGGCGGCUGGGCCCAAGAAGAAAUUAGUAGUGCGGGGGUAGGCGCACGUUGGUUUGUAUUCGAUGAUGUGGAGAAUGUGUUGGGGGGACCAAAGUGUCCGAUUACGCAUGCGGUUGAUGGGUUUGAGGAUGCGGAGGAGGAGCUGGAUGUAGGAGAUGUUGGUGAGGUUAUGGGAGAGGAGAGAGAGAUUGUGGAUGAGGAGAUAAAGAGGGAAGAAAUGAAUACUACGCUUUUGAGUCCGAUUGAAGAGGGGUUUGGAGAGGGAGAAGAAGAGGAAUUUGAUGAGGAUGCACAACAGCUUUCUCAAGAGGAGAUUUUGAGGAGAGAGGGAUUACUUUGA